UAAACAGUAAUGUAUCUGCGGGAAAUCCAAAAGAACUCGUUCAUCUCUCUAAUCACUUAAAACCCUAGUCAAUCACUCUUUCUAACUUUCAGAAACCCUAGAUCAUCAUCAAUGUCGUCGAAGUCGCAUCAUGUACUCAUAUUAUUCAUCGCUCUUUGUAUGUAUGGAUAUACUAUCCCAUCAUGGUCAAAUCUUCAAAUGAUACAAUUAGGGUUUUUUAUUUGUGCUUUUAUUGUGAAUUUCGGCAUCCAACUCGUAAUCACUCCAAUGAAACACGAGGCGGUGGAUGAAGAACUUGAAUUAGAAGCUGAAGUGCGCCUGAUUUCUUGUAAUGAUGGAGAUGGGUGGAGUAAGAAAUUACGAGACAAGAAAAGGCAAAAGAUUAUUGCUCUCACUGAGAAGAUUGAUCUAGUUUCUCUCCCUAUUUUUUCUUUUUUCUGUUGCUGCUCAUGAAGACGAUGAAGAACGACGAAUUUUUUUGGUUUAUUCGUCACUAUUUGUUACUGCUGUUGUUGAAUAAGAUGAUGAAGACGAUGGAGAUGAUGAAGAUGAUGGAGUUUUUGAAGAUUUUUCUGUUGGUGUGUAUGAUGAUGAAGAAGAAAAAGAUGAAGAAAACGAUGAAGAAAACUAAUAUAACCUUCAAUCUUCAUCUUGGAUCUUGAUUUUUUAGGUGUUGUUGGUGAAGAUUUGAUGUUGUUGCUACUGGUGAAGUCGAUGAAGAUGAUAAAGAAGAUGAAGAUUUAUGCGUUUUGUUGUUGUUGUUGCUGCUUAAGAUG